CAUACCCUUUUAUAUACUGGGUUGGCUCUGCGGUCCAAUUCGCCGACACCAAAGUUCUGCUUUUUACUUUGGAUCGUUAACUCAUAAAUAAAGGGUAUCCGUCUGCCAAUUGGUUUUUGGGGAAUUCAAGAAUGGCGAAUGGCGACGAAAAGGGCAAAGACUUGUACGCAGUUUUGGGGCUGAAGAAGGAGUGCACAGCUCCGGAGCUCAGGAAUGCAUAUAAGAAACUGGCCCUGAGGUGGCACCCGGAUUGUUGUUCUGCAUCGGGAACUUCAGAGUUCGUCGAAGAGGCCAAGACAAAAUUGCAGGAAAUUCAACAGGCCUACUCCUUUCUGUCCGAUGUGAUCAAGAGGUUUCUUUACGACAUUGGAGCCUAUGACAAUGACAAUGACAAAAAUGUAAGCUCUUGAUACUGUUUUGCAGGGUCUCUCGGUCUGUUUUCUUGCGUAGAUUACUUUGUUUAUGUCUCGAGGAUGGCUGGAGAUGUUCUUAUUCCUAAGUUUUGUUCUGGUACUCUUAAAUUUUAUCUUUAUGGGCAGACCAUAAGCUAGAUGAAAUUAUGUUGAGGCGCUUUUGAGUUGUAGGUCUUACAUUUUGCAUACGCACAUCUGGAAACUAGCCCUCAGGCCUUGAAGUUGCGUCUCGAUUUAGCUUAGAUAUGCCUCAUUUCAUGCUUGAGCUGAUUUGCGUGUUGAUGCUCUGCACCUUAUCAUUGCUUGAGAUGUUUGAUGCAUGUGAUGCAAAAGGUGUCUAUCGAGCAAUUAUCUACUUCAUCAGAUUUCCUGCAAUGUAGAGUAUGGACUGCUGAAGUAGCUUAAUUGAUCAUAAAUUAAAG